GUUCUAACGAUAAACAAGAUGGCCCGGUCUUCUCUUUAAACCAUUAUUGCAACAUAAUCGAAAAGAGACGCUUUGGUGGAAUUACAGCCAUCUGGUACGGAAAUGUCUAUUAGAGCCAAGUCCCAUACAGACCUGCCAACAGCUGGCAAGUCCCCAGCAGAGGAUAGCUUCCACAAAUCUUUCUCUGUGAGCAGCAUUGGUGUUAAUAGAGCUGGACACUUUGGGUGUGGGGUGACCGAGGAGGUCAAAGUUCUCUCCAGGGCUUUCAGGAGGCCCGUCCGGGCUGUCAGGCCGGUCAGCGCUGUCAGCUCCAGUGGUUCCUUUCUCCAGAUAAAUCACCUACAGGGGGAACUAGUUCGAAAGAGGAAGGAAUGCGAGGACCUCAAGAGGCAAAACAAACUCUUAUUGAAUGAAAUCCACAUGGAGCGGAUCAUGAUGCGCACAGAGAAUGAGCUGACCAUGAGGAACCUCAGGAACAUGAACCAGGAGCUGCAGAUGCAAGUCAAAGAGCUGAAGCAGAAGUUGCUUCAGAGCCAGCAGAGGGCGACAUUUUGCUCCCAAGCUGCAGAGGAGGCUGAAGAAUCCAGGGGUGAGGCUGAGAGGAGUAGGGCCGCAGCUGAGGCUCGGGCCCUCGGGUGUCAGCGGGACAAGGAGACGGCUGAGGCUGACCGCAGAAGGCUGACUGAAGAGCUACAGCUGCUCAAGAACGAGCAUGCUGAUCUGCAGCUAAAACUGGCACAAACAGAGAAGAACUACUUUGAAUCCAGGCUGAAGCUAGAGCGAGUUUCUGGGGAGAAAAACACUUCUCUGCAGGAGAACAGGAGCCUUGGGGCAGAAAAAGAGGAGCUGCGUCUCAAGCUGAGGCAAAUCACAGAAGAAAAUAUUAAAAUUAAAGAAAGUGAGAUGACUUUGAGGCAUAAAGCGACAGCAGCCGAGGAGGAGAGGAAAAGAGCUGAACAGGCUCAACGUGAGGCCGAGGCCGAGAGGAGGCAGGCCGACAAAGAGAGGCAGGAGAAGACGGCAGAGUGCCUCAGCUGGAGGGAGAAGCACCAAGAGUUGGCCAACAUCAUCCAAGCUCUCGAGGACCUAAAAGCUCAGAGGCAGAGCAAAGCAUGUCAGGCUAACAUCAAGAGCUACCUUUUGUGUAUGACUGAGAGCAAUCAGCGAGUGAAAAUCCUAAAAAAUUCUGAUGGAACCCCAAGAAAUUUCACAGAAGGAGAUCCUGUAUAUAUUAGCACUCCAGAGGGAGGCCCUGAAGAGCCAGAGAUGAACUCCUCCAGGACGAUGUUGAGGAUCUCAGCCCCCCAGGCUGGGAGGGACUCGGGUCCCAGUCACUUUGAUGAUCUGCCACCCUUUGAAGGGCAGCGCCCUGGAUCUGCUCAGUCACGUAGAGGCAGGAAACUGGUGGAAUACUUCUGGAUCCCUACAGACCAGGAUUAACCAUCUCUCGUCAAAGGAACUUUGAACUUUAACUGAAGUAAAAUGAUUAAGCUGCAUAAAAAACAAGUACUGGUGCUCAUGUAUUGGACUUUAUUGACAUUAAAGCAACAGAGGUGCACAAUAAUUAUGAAUACCUUACAAUAAGAUGGCUUGUCGGCACGAUUCCUGGGUAUUAUUUCAUUGUUUAGCCGUUACAUUUAAGAAUAAAAAAAAAAACCUUUCCAUCUUGUCAACAUCAAAAAGCAACUUAAGCCGAGGUUUCAAAUAAAAUAAGCCAUUUUAAUUACCUUUACUCCAAACUCUGCAUUUUAUGGGUAGGUUUCUACCAGGUUAGCAAGAUGUAGACAAAAUGUUUGUUCUUUAGUACUGGGACUUAAAAUCAUGGGAAACCUCCUUGGAAAUGCAAAAACAAAGUGCAAUUAGACCAGGACUGAAUAAAAUUAGAACCCUUUGUCUUUUACCGUCAUUUCAUUUAUUAUCAUAAUCAUCCCAGAACAAAAAGCCAAUCUAACUAAGAGGUAGAAACAGGCAAGUUAACUCGUUUCAGCGUCGAUCCUUUUAGUUUUUAACUGUUGUAACUCGAGUAUUGCAACCACUCUUCACACACACAACAUAUAGGAUAAGAGAGCUCCAGAUCAUGCAGAGGACCAUUUCAUUAAACCAAAUGAGGGG